AUGUUAUCUGAGUUGGAAGAGAUUAUCCGGUACAAGCAAUUAUCUGAGCAGCCGGACAAGCAAGCAACCAUGCGAAAAACUUGGAUGAAUCGGUUACAAGGGUGUCAGCCGAAUAUCGAAACUUGGCAGCGUGUGCUACAAGUUCGCACUCUCGUGCUUCAGCCGGACCAGGACACGCCUAUGUGGAUCAAGUUUGCGAACCUUGCACGAAAGAGUGGUCGGAUGAACUUGGCACAGAAAACAAUCGAGUCAUUGCGCCCCCAUGUAGAUCAGCAAGCUUCUCCUGAGGUUAUCUACGCGCAUCUAAAGUUCAUGUGGGCUAGUGGUGAACGUGUCCAGGCUGUUGAAUAUCUGCGAGACUGGGCGAGCAAGCUUUCAGCUGAUUUAGGUUUGACCCAAGCUGAAUUGUCUGGUCGGGUCCCAACAUUGGCGGCGCGUGCAAAAUCUGGUCCAUAUACGACACUACUGGCCAGAUGUUACCUAAAAAUAGGACAAUGGCAAUCUGAUAUGCAGGAAGAUUGGGCUGCGAGAGAUAUUCCAGACAUUCUCCGGUGCUACUAUCUGGCGACGCAGUUUGACAAUACAUGGUACAAGGCAUGGCAUACCUGGGCUAUGUGCAACCUUGAGGUUAUCGGUCACCUCGAAAGUGUAGGCGAUAUAAGAACGGAAGAGGCACCUCCAAACCUCGUACGCCAUGUUGCUGCUGCCGUCCAAGGUUUCUUCCGCUCUAUAGCCUUGCGCAGCGAUGCCUCGUUCCAAGAGACACUCCGGGUUUUGACGUUAUGGUUCAAGUUUGGCGCACAUGAAGAGGUUAGCCUGGCAAUGACCGAUGGGUUCCAUACCGUGAACGUUACGACCUGGCUCGAAGUUAUUCCACAAAUUAUUGCACGCAUCCAGACCCCAAGCGCCCUCGUUCGCCGACUGAUCAGCCAAUUACUCAAUGAUGUCGGCCGGGCUCACCCGCAAGCGCUAAUCUACCCACUUACCGUUGCAUCCAAAUCGUCAUCUACUGCGCGGCGGAAUGCCGCCACUGCCAUCAUGGAUCGUAUGCGGGAACACAGUCCCAAAGUGGUCGAUCAGGCUCUGGUCGUGAGUGCGGAACUAAUUCGCGUUGCCAUCCUAUGGCAUGAAUUGUGGCACGAAGGACUAGAGGAGGCGUCUCGUCUCUAUUUUACGGAGAAGAAUCCCGAGGCUAUGAUUGCUGUCCUGGAACCGCUGCAUGAUCUCUUGGAAGCUGGCCCUACAACGACACGAGAAACCGCGUUUGCCCAAGUGUUUGGUCGGGAGCUUCAAGAUGCCCGUCGAUGUACACGUCGAUUCAGAGCUUAUGGCGAGAUAGGAGACUUAAACCAAGCGUGGGAAAUAUAUUCGAUGGUGUUUAAGAAGGUUGAGAAGCAGUUGCAGCACCUAACGACGCUGGAUCUGCAAUACGUCUCUCCAGAGCUCUUACGCAGCCGGAAUUUAGAUAUUGCGGUACCCGGGACUUAUGUGAGCGGUCGGCCUGUUGUCACUAUUGCCUCUUUUGGGUCGACUCUGUCUGUGAUCACCUCCAAGCAACGCCCGAGACGCUUAACCCUCAAAGGAAGCGACGGAAAAGACUAUCAGUACGUACUCAAAGGCCACGAGGAUUUGCGACAAGAUGAACGUGUAAUGCAACUCUUCGGGCUGGUCAACAGUCUACUGUACCUCGAUUCCGAAAGCUACAAACGCCAUUUGCAUAUCCAGCGGUUCCCUGUUAUCCCACUUGCGCCCAAUGCGGGAUUGUUGGGCUGGGUGCAGCAAAGUGAUACUCUGCACGUCUUGGUUAGGGAUUAUCGCGAUAGCCGAAAGAUCUUGUUGAAUAUUGAGUAUCGGCUGAUGCUUCAGAUGGCGCCGGACUAUGAGUUCCUUACGCUUCUCCAGAAAGUUGAAGUCUUCGAAUACGCACUGGAUAAUACGACCGGACAAGAUCUCUACCGUGUACUGUGGCUCAAAUCAAAGAACAGCGAAGCAUGGCUAGACCGCCGAGCGACGUACACCCGCAGUUUAGCUGUCACAUCUAUGGUCGGACAUAUCAUGGGUCUCGGGGACCGACACCCAAGUAAUCUGAUGAUGAACCGGGUGACCGGAAAGGUCAUCCAUAUUGAUUUCGGAGACUGUUUCGAGGUUGCGAUGCACCGGGAGAAGUAUCCUGAGAAGGUGCCAUUCCGGUUGACGAGAAUGUUGGUCAAAGCCAUGGAGGUUUGCGGAAUUGGAGGCAGUUUCAAGACAACAUGCAUGAUUACCAUGGGUGUAGUGCGAGACAACCGAGAGUCGCUGAGCGCAGUCCUAGAGGCAUUUGUGUACGAUCCUUUGACAGCAUGGCGGUUGCUUCAGACUGCGGAUGACAGAGCGAGAGACCGAAACGGAGGCGAGUACCAGUUGGCGUUGAGGCUUGAAAGAUGA